CGUGCGAGGCCUCAGUGUGCGUCCAUGAUGGCGGUGGGCGAGCUGCUGCUGGUUCUGGCGCUCCUGGUCAGCGCUCACUGCGAGGUGAGGGCCCGGGACCCCGAGGAGGAGGAGCAGGACAGGAUCCUGAGAGGAGGGGCGAGGUUCCCGCCUCCUCACCCCAAAGCCGCCGACGGCGAUCCGGCCCGGACCGGGUUGCCCAUGCAGCAGGUCUAUGGGCAGAAUCAGAAGGUCUUCAGCGGUCUGCUGUGGCACUGCUGUCUGGGACACAGAGGACACCACUAUGGAGACACAGUGUCCCAGCAUCACCCUCCCGCUGAGAGCUCGGCCCUGGCUGCACGAUCUAGACCAGAGAGGAUGGAGAUCCGGGGUCCAGGGGUUCAGGCUCGCCUGCAGCUCAGUGACACCAGCGGCGAGCAGAACGACGACCACCGUGUUCAUCAGCCUCGUUAUCUUCAUUAUCAACAGCCACAACAACAACAGCCACAACAACAACAGCCACAUCAACAACCACCACAGCCUUAUCAUCACCCACAGCAGCCAUAUCAUCACCCACAACAACAACCAAAUCAACAGGCACAUCAACAACCACAUCAACAGCCACAAGAACAACCACAACAACAACCACAACAACAACAGCCACCACAACAACAGCCCACACCCCCCCAACAGCAGCAGGUAGCAGCUGGCGAUGGCCCGGGCGCCACCCCGCCUCCUUCCCCAGAAGCCCCCGACGUGGUGACGCUGGUCAUGUCCCAGCUGCAGCCGUUCUUGCAGGGCUUCAACCGCUCGCUGGAGCAGCUGAGCCUCCAGGUGAGCAAGCUGAGCUGGGAUGUGGAGGAGCUGAAGAGCAGCCAGUCGGGGGCGGGGGCGGAGCAGCUGGACCCCAGACUGGACGAGGUCUACGAGCACGUGAGGACGAUGCGCUGGCAGGUGGAGCAGCAGCGCGCCGAGGUGGACAGCAGGCUGCACUCCCAGCAUGCAAUGCUGCACUACAACCUGACCAGCUUCAAGACGGACAUCGACAUGAAGCUGAAGCGCCACCAGAAGAUGCUGCAGCUCAACCUGCAAGCCAUGAACGCCACUCUGGCUGAGCUGAAGCAGGACCAGGACUGGGGCCAGGAUCGGGACCGGGACCGAGACCAGGACCGAGAAGAGGACCGGGACCAGGCCCAGAUCAAGGAGAAGCCGGAUUCCUCACCACCAACCCAAAAACCACUGACCUCCUUCGAUACGUCUGCUCUCUGGCAGGCCAUUGAACGACUCGACAACAAGGUUGUCAACAACUCUGUGAAGGUCAGCGGGCUCCUGGAGGAUAUGGAGGUGGUGUCAGGCGGCACACAGCAGCUCCGGCGGAACCUGAAGGACCUGGAGAGAUGGGUCAACCAGACGGCGAGACGGAGCCAGGUGCUGUUCAUGGAGACGGGGCUGGAGGUGGAAGCCGCCAAGGUGGCGGUCCUGCGGCGGGUGCAGGAGAUGGCCGUCAACCUGAGCCAGCAGGGCCAGCGGCUGCAGGAGAUGGGGGAGGACUUGGACUACGUCUUUCACGCCCUCUACAAGCACAACACCUCCACUUCCUGUCACUGCCAGGACCUGAGAACUGCCGUGGCCCGCCUGGAGAGGGGCGUGGCCAACGUGACCCAGCUGGCCAAUGAGAACCGGCGGUCCCUGGAGGAGAGUGAGGGAGGGGUGGGGCAGUGGGGAGGAACCAGUGACUGGGAGGAGCUCCAGCACACCCUGUGGCAGGUGAAGGAGUCCGUGUCCUCAGAGCAGACCAGGACCAGGAGCCUGGAGGAGGAGGUGGGCCGGCUGAGGGCCUCCUCCUCCCUCCUGCAGGAGGCGGACGGACGGCUGGAGGCGCAGAUGAAGCUGCUCUCCGCCUCCUUCGCCUCCCUGCUGAAAGACGCCAUCCGGCACAGCGAGGUGCUGGAGGUCCUGCUGGGGGAGGAGGUGCUGGAGUUCCUGGACUGGCCCCUCCAGGACCAGGAGGCCCACUCCAUCCCCUCCCUGAAGGAGCAGCUGCUGCUCCUGCAGGAGCAGCUGAGGCCCGUGCACGAGGAGCUGAGAGGAGCGCACAGCGGAGGCCGAGGGGAGGUGCCAUCAGCUGACCAGCCGUCCUUCACCUCCUCCUCCUCGCUCGCAGAUGAUUGGUCCCCUGGUGGGAGGAGGCGGAGCGUGGGGGGAGUUCCGGCGAGGGAGCGUCAGCAGCUGCUCCCGCCGGGGGUGCAGCGAGUGGGCGGAGACGGCAGUGACCUGUGGAAGCUGGAGCAGGCGGUGGAGGAGGUGCAGCGCCGCCUGCUCCACCUGGAGGAGACGCCGUGCUCCUGCCCCGACGCCUCCUCCCAGCAGGCGGCGCCCCCCAGCGACCUGGAGGCCAAGCUGCUGGAGGAGGUGACGUGGCUGAAGAGAGGCCUGGAGGAGCACCUCAGGGUCUUCAAGGACGUCUUCAGCAACGCGGACGUGGUGGCGGCGGCGAACCAGCCGCUGGAGCUGGACCAGCUGUGGAGGCUCCUGAGGAGCAGCCAGGGGAGGAAGGAGGGCAAGAAGAGGAGGGCAGGAGGUGGGGAGGCCACCGAGAGAGCAGGAGGACACACUCGGAGCAGGAGGGAGGCCACAGGUGUUUUCAGCCAAUCAGGAGGCUCUCUGCUGUUUGUGGGCGGAGCUCCUCAGGUUGACUCCAACGGCGUUCUCCGGUUCCAGCCAUCUCUGAACCGCGGCGGUGUCUACUCGGGAGGCGUCUUCGUGGCUCCGUCAGACGGCGUCUAUCUGAUUGUCCUCAGCUUGGACAUGAGACCAGGCCCCGCCCAUCUGGUCCUGCGGAGGGGUGGAGCAGGGGGCGGGGCUCCGGUGUCUCUGCAACAACGAGAAAUAAAAGAGGCGGGGCCUGUCAGCAGCACGGCUGUCCUCCCACUGAGAGAGGGGGAGGAGCUAAGGCCGGAACUGAGGGCAGGGCAGUGGGUGGAGUCAGCGGACAACCUGUUUGUGGGGCUGCUGCUGCACCAGCUGACCACCUGAGGGCGCCGUGGACUGGCUCGACCGGGGCGCCAUUUCUGGAUUUAAAGACAUCUGAAGGACCGAUUUAAGGUUUUAGAUUUCACUUCUGUAAAUGCUGCAGAAAGACAAACUGACCUCACCUCUACAGACAUUUACUGUCACCGCUACGCAACAGACCCGACAGCAGCACACAAACACACACCCAACCUGACUCUGUCUCCUCAGUUAACCACACAAAAUUUCUGCCAUGUUAAAAUCUGAUUUACCCCAGUGUUCAGGAACUAGUGCCUGUGUGAGUUUAAGUAAAGUAUGAAGCUGUUGUUUCAGUAAAGUAAUCCACAGAUAGUUACCUCCUGAACUCAGAGUUUAAUACUUUAUCUGUGAAGAAAUGAACUGAAAUCAAAUGUGUGUGUGUGUGUGUGUGUGUGUGUGUGUGUGUGUGUGUGUGUGUGUGUGUGUGUGUGUGUGUGUGUGUGUGUGUGUGUGUGUGUGUAAAACACUGGUAUAUCCAUGUAAAAACACACGGCAUGUAUUUAAAUAAAGAUGGCUUUGUCCAACUUCUUCUUCCUCA